GACACUGAACGGACGCGCGCGCGAUUUGCCGUGCACCUAGUGGGCCCUGGGACGGGAGUAGAGUGCCGACCUGACUUGUUGACAAUCCCUUUACCUUUGGACUCCUGCCAUGGACUACUCCGGGUGUAGCAACCCCUGGACUUCCAAAGACCUUUUGCUAGGUGUACAACUUGGUGAUCCAAGUAGUGGGCUUGUCAUAGCUCGUAGGUGUGGACUGCUGGUACACAAGGGCAGAACAUUUGCCACGGGGCACUUUACUGAUUCGUAAGCAUUCUGUAUGAAGCCACUUGAUUUUGCACUGUUCCUUGUCGCACUGAAUCAUUUCCCCCGACUCACCCUGGGAACAGAAGCACCACUUCUCUGUAAGAGGUUCCGGCUGACUUUCAAGGUUUUCUUGCUGAUGAGGAUGAGCAUACUGUGGUAGUCCUGAAUACCACUUUCCUAGAACUUCAGGGAGAAGGCCAUGGAUAAAACAAUUCGUAGCUCUUUCCAUGGCAACCUCAAGAAGUGGUUCUAUCCGUUCUACGACUUUUCUCGCCAAACAACAAAGUCACCAAACUUAGUUCCACAGAGUUUCAUCUGCACCUGUAUUUGAUAAUGCGUGGUCUCGUUUUAAGGUGAAACUGCCAUUAGUUUCUUGUAGGAAGAAAGCAGGCUUAGCUAUUGCCUCAAGAAAUGCUUUGUUCUUACAUGAGAACGGGCAUUUUACUUCAACCACCCAUGUCCCACAGCAAUCGCUCUUCACAACACUGUCAGGAUGAGAACAGGCUGCAGGAGAAGUUUGCUCAUAGUAGCUCGGUACAGCUAACGAAGAGCCUUCAAAAGAUAUCAAGCCUUCAAAAAGAUUUACAUGAGGUAGAGUUUCAGAUACAUCGCAAUCAGCUUGACCGAGAGAGCCAGGAUUUGAUGCACUUGAACAGUCUUGAGAAACAUCUUAAAAGUGUAGAUCUGCUGCUCAAUCACUUUACGGCUGUUCUAGCAAGCAAGGAAGACCUCCUUAGCCGCCUACAAAGCAGCUCAACAGAUAACUCCUUGCAGGUGGAGGCGCCAUUUCACAAGAACCUAAUGGAUAUUGUUCACUCUAUUAGUCCAACACUUUCAGAACUUGCAUCAAAUACCAGCUACAUACAGUCUGCGUCAUCAGUGGACCUCACAAACCUGGUAAGCCUGUAGAUGUUCUGAUUGCUUUUCUAACCUGUUCGUUAACC